AUGGCAGAUCCGGCCACGGCCGACCUCUGUGUCGAUUGUCGUGAGCGAGACGCCACGCUCGACGUCAGAAACAGGCGCUUAUGUACCGCCUGUUUCAUGCGAUAUGUCAAUUCGAAAGUCCUUAAACGCAUGGAGUCCUAUCGAUACAAAGCGGCGGAAGGAGAUGAGAAGCGGCGGCUGCUACUACCCGUUUCCGGAGGAGUGUCAUCUCUUGUUCUAUUACAGAUUCUUGACGCUCAGCAUACGAGACAGCUUGCGAAACGGAACCGAACAGCGUACGACCUCGUAGUGGUUCGUGUCGUCGUUCCCGGGGAUGAAGACUCGCCAACGCUCAUGGGCGACUAUAAAGAACUCGGUCACAGGUUCUCAAUGCACUCUUUUCAUCCACCUCUCCCCCUGCAUGAGGUCUUCCACAUGGAUGACCACAUCGAGCGAGACAUGGAACAUGUCGGGCUUCGGAGGGAGCCUGGCGAAACAGACGCGGCCUUCCUGGAUCGGGCGCUCUCCUGUGCUACGUCUGUGACCGCACGUGCGGACUUGCAGUCUAUACUGCAGCAACGCCUGAUCGUGUCUGUGGCCCGACAGCAGAAUUGCGAGAGCGUUCUUUGGGGCCACUCCGACAGCCGGCUGGCUGCGCUCGUGCUCGCCGAUGUUGCCAAAGGCCGAGGUGGAUCGGUUUCUUCGACUAUCGCUGAUGGCCCGUCAACGCAUGGGAUCAACUACAACUAUCCGUUACGUGAGCUUUUCAAGGCUGAGCUUCAAAGUUAUGCCCAAGUGGCGUCAGAACCAUUGCUGGAGAAAGCGGCGCACUCCGAGGGAAUGACUGUACCACUCAAUUCCAUACGACACACUUCAAUUGACAGUCUGCUGAGAACAUAUAUCGACUCUCAGGGUGAAAAAUAUCCCGGCAUCAUGGCCAAUGUUGUCCGAACUGCGAGUAAGCUCGAGGGGCAACAGGCCUCUGUCUUUGGGGCUACUUGUCCGGUCUGCGUCAGACCAAUCGUGCGAAGCGAAGGUCUCCUCCACCCAGACUCAGUGCUUUGCUAUGGAUGUGACAGAAUGAGGCAGGAUAUCAAGUCCUAG